AUGUCGUACACUCGCCUGACGAACGACGGCGAGAAUGAUAACGAUGCGAAUAAAAGUGGAAUCUUACGCGAGGCGAUUUCCACCCACGCGAACCGCGUCCAAUCGCUCAUUUUCCAACUCCAAACGAACGUCUCGACGUUUAAACGACUCGUGGACCAACUGGGAACGGCGCGAGAUACGAAGGACCAAAGAGCGAAACUGCACAAACUGAGAGAAUCGAUAGGUCAAAUGGCGAAAGAGAGUUCGGUGUUGGUGAAAAAGUUGGCGAGAUUGGUGACGGAUUUAGUGCACGAGGAGCAAGAUCAAGAGUACGAGUACGAAGCGGGCGAGGACGAGGACGACGCGGAAAGUUUAGCGGAGAGGCAUAAAAAGUUGGUGAAGGAUUUACACGCGACGUUGAAGGAUUUUCAGAGAGCGCAAAGGGCGUGCGCGGAGAGAGAGAGCACGUUUUUACCGCAAAAGGAGAUUGGCAACGAAGCGGCGAAGAGUAAAAAGAAAGGGUACGGAGCGACUGGAGGGAAGAACAACAAUAGCGCCGCCGCGGACGUGGCCAUGAGUGGCGAACGAGGUGGACAGUUUUACCAAGGCGGGCAAAUGGUAGACGAGGAGCAACAACACGCGCCUUUGCUGAUGGAACAUAAAAGCCAAGGGCAGAAGGAGAUGACCGCGGUGGAAAUCGACAUGCGAUUUAACGAUCAGUUAAUCGAGGAACGAGAGAGAGGCAUCGCGGAGAUUCAGCAACAAAUUGGCGAAGUGAAUGAGAUUUUCCAAGAUUUAGCGGUGUUGGUAAACGAGCAAGGGAACAUGAUUGACGAUAUCGAGGCGAAUAUCGUGAGUACGGCGGUGAGAACGAAAGAGGCGCAGAAGGAGUUGACAAAGGCGGAUAAGAGUCAAAAGAGUGCGAGGAAUAAGAUGGUGUGUUUAGCAAUCACCGUCUUUACUGCGCUGAUUAUCUUGAUUCUGUUUUUGCUGCAGUAA